GUCUCCGGGUGUGCGGUGUAUUCCUUAACGCUCGGUGCUGAAGUCUGCGGGAUCGAGAAAGGCUUCUCGUCUCGUAUAUCCGGGAGCCGGGGCUCUGGAUUACUGUCUCCGGGCUGAAGAUAUCACUUUCCUAUUGUUAGACCUGCAGUGAGAGAUUUAUUGGAAGAAAAACCCCAACUGGAGGAAAACCACGACUGAUGACGAGGGAGCAGCAACAAGUGAACCAACCCGAGGACUGGGAGCAUCAAUCAGAGAGAACCCAACUGACUCGGAGAUUCCAGUGAUUCAGUCAGGAGAAAUUUUGGCUAAAAACAAGGAAUUUAUCUACGGGAAUCUCGAACACAAAAUGCCAAUUUUGCUGUCUCUGUCCAGAUAUUUAAGAAGUGGAGCAAGGGAUUCACUCGAUCAUCCUUCCUGCUCAGGCUGUGGGGAGGGAUUCACUUGGUCAUCUGACCGACUGGUAAAGCGGUAAUUUUACACGGGGAGAGGCCGUUCAUUUGCUCAGACUGUGAGAAUGGAUUCAGUGGGUCUUCUCAACUGAAUGUACAUCAGCAAGUUCACACUGGACAAGGCCAUUCACCUGUUCUGUGAGUGAGAAGGGAUUCAGUCGUCUUCCCACCUGUGGACACACCAGUCAGUUCACACUGGGCAGAGGCUGGUCAUCUGCUGAAUUUGUGGGGAAGGAUUCACUCGGUCAUCUGACUUCAUGGCUCACCAGCGAGUUCACACUGAGGAGAGGCCGUUCACCUGCUCGGAAUGUGGGAAGGGAUUCACCUACUCAUCCCAACUGAAGAUACAUCAGCGAAUUCACACUGGAGAGAGGCCAUUCACCUGCUCAGACUGUGGGAAGGGAUUCACACAAUUAGCUGGCCUACAAGCACACCAGUCUGUUCACACUGGGGAGAGGCUGUUCACCUGCUCAGACUGUGGGAAGGGAUUCACUUCGUCAUCUCAACUGAAGGUACAUCAGCGAGUUCACACUGGGGAGAGGCCGUUCAACUGCUCAGACUGUGGAAAAGGAUUCACACAGUUAGCUAACCUACAAGCACACCAGUCAGUUCACAUCGGGGAGAGGCCGUUCUCUUGCUUAGACUGUGGGAAGGGAUUCAAUUCAUCAUCUAAACUGAAAGUACAUCAGCGAGUUCACACUGGGGAGAGGCCAUUCACCUGCUCAGACUGUGGGAAGGGAUUCACACAGUUAGCUAACCUACAAGCACACCAGUCAGUUCACACUGGAGAGUGGCCGUUCAACUGCUUAGAAUGUGGGAAGGGGUUCAUUCGGUCAUCUCAACUGAAGGUACAUCAGUCAGUUCACUCUGGAGAGAGGCCGUUCACCUGCUCAGACUGUGGGAAGGGAUUCACACAGUUAUCUGGCCUGCAAGCACACCGGUCAGUUCACACUGGCGAGAGGCCGUUCAACUGCUCAGACUGUGGUAAGGGAUUCACACAGUUAUCUAGCCUGCAAGCACACCAUUCAGUUCACACUGGCGAGAGGCCAUUCACCUGCUCAGUCUGUGGGAAGGGAUUCACUCUAUAAUCUUGCCUACUGACACACCAGUCAGUUCACAC